AUGCCUGUGGGAAGGAACAAUGCAACUGUCACCAAAUUCAUCCUUUUGGGAUUUUCAGAUUUUCCCAAGCUCAAGAUCAUUCUUUUUCUUGCAUUCUUGGGGACUUACAUCUUGACGGUGACCUGGAACUUGGGCCUCCUCAUUCUGAUUAGGAUAGACGCCUGCCUGCAUACACCCAUGUACUUCUUCCUUAGCAACUUAUCCUUCUUAGAUUUCUGCUAUGUCUCCUCCAUAACCCCCAAAAUGCUUUCAUACUUCUUCCAGAAGUCCAAGUCCAUCUCUUUUAUGGGAUGCACCCUGCAGUAUUUCUUCUUCUCUAGCCUGGGUCUGACUGAAUGCUGUCUUCUGGCAGCCAUGGCUUAUGACCGCUAUGUUGCCAUUUGUAACCCUCUGCUCUACACAGCCAUCAUGUCCCCCACCCUCUGUGUGCAAAUGGUGGUUGGAGUCUAUAUAACUGGUCUCUUUGGCUCAUUGAUCCAACUCUGUGCCUUGCUUCAGCUCAAUUUCUGUGGACCAAACAUGAUCAAUCAUUUCUUCUGUGACCUGCCCCAACUACUGGUCCUGUCCUGCUCUGAAACCUUUUUUCUACAAGUCAUAAAAUUUGUGAUAGCAGUAAUUUUUGGUGUGGCCUCUGUCUUAAUUGUCACAGUAUCCUAUGGUUCUAUUGUUGCUACCAUCUUGAAGAUGAGCUCUGUUGAAGGUAGGUCCAAGGCCUUCAACACCUGUGCCUCACACCUGGUGGCUGUGACUCUGUUUUUUGGAUCUGGGCUCUUUGUCUAUAUGCAUCCCAGCUCCGGUCAUUCCUUGGGCUAUGACAGGAUGGCAUCAGUCUUCUAUACAGUGGUGAUUCCUAUGUUGAAUCCUUUGAUUUACAGCUUGAGGAACAAGGAAAUCAAAGAUGCCCUGAAGAGAUGCAAGAAGAGAGUGCUUUCCCUCUGCCACCAUUAA